CUUUUGGCUCUGCAGAAAGGUGCACUCCAAUAUCUAGGUCAAUUACAGCUGAUUAUGCAAUUUUACAGCUUUCAAUUGCUCUUUAUUUUUAUAAUACAAUCCAGUGCGUCCACCUCAGCGAAUUAAGCAGAACCAGAAGAAGAGUGUGAAUAGCAUCAUGGUGGCCCGAAGACGCAAAAACCUCUCCCCACGAUAUCUGACCUUUCGCCAUGCACGAUCUGUGCUUCGAAAGCAGGGCCUCUUGGCCGUUAACGAUGAUUAUCUCGACCCAGGCCACCAGCGUCUUCACUCAUAUAUGACCCCGGGCCUUUACGGGGGUCCCUAUACCAUCGAAACCAAACAAAAGAUCGAGGGAGAAGACAAGCUGGGAGAUACACAGCCAUUCUUUGUGGACAAGUUCCUGUUUAAAUUGCCAGAAGGCGAAAUCCACUCGGUCUAUCCGCCACAGGGCCAUCAGGAAUGGGCAGAGGCCCUUCCCCAUAUUGUGUUCAACACCCCCAGCACCCCGUGGGAAUGGCCGGGAAGCGAUCUUGUCAAUGAGCCGGAUUAUGAGGCAAAUCGAAACCGCGUCCCGUGGCUGGCGGUCCUUGUCUUCACUAAAGACGAGCUCGAGUUGUCUGCAGAUGAGCUGACGGGUAACAAUGGGAUCUUCGCGAACAUUGAACAGGAAGAGGACUUCCGGCAGACAAAGACCCUGACGGUGCCACUGCGGGUGAACGACAUUGCAAAGCUGCAGCACACGGUGUCGCCCGUGGCGCCAACUCCUACGACUACUGAGGAUACUACUACUGAGCUCAUCUUCCUUCGGAAGAAGCUGUUUACCACGCUCUUCUGUAAGCAGGACGAGAAUGGCAACCUGAAGAAAGAGAGCGGUCCCGAUGUGCGGCCGCAUCGAUUCCUGGCUCAUCGCCGGGACAUCAACUCGACCGGCAUGGCCGUUGCGGCAAAGACGGCCACUGAAGACGACCAGCAGUCCUACAGUGUGCUUUUUUCGCACCGGACAGGACUGACGUCUGCGACCGAACCAACAAACUGCAUUGCCCAUCUGGUCUCAAUCUACAAGGUGGAGCCCAUGCAAUGGCCGGUGGCUUCUGACUUCGUGGCCAUGUCGUCGCUGUACAGUUGGUCUUACAGCUGCUAUCCGUCGACCACGCCAAAUGUCUACAACCAGUUUGUCAACUUGGGACUGUCCUCCCAGAUGCUACGCGCUGCAGUAACGGCAGACGAUCUGACAACCCCCAAUAUCCCGGCCAGUGUGAAGGACAGGGUCCUGACUCGCUUGGAGAAUGGCUAUACCAUGGCUCGGUAUCGAGUCAAAACGGGUGAAUCGACCGCCUGCUUUACAAGAGGAGCAUUCAUCCCGGUGGCCAAUGUGGCCGCAGAGGACGUUUGGGACCGGCUUUCGAACGCGGGCAGUGAUCUUCAGGUCCUCGACAAACAGUUGGGCAUCAUGGAUAUUACUUACUCGGCCGCCUGGCAGCUGGGCCGAACCAUGGCAAUUGCCGAUCAAGCGUUUGUCACCAGUCUCGGGCUGAUCCGCAAGAACAUCUACGACCUUGGCAUGUAUUACUACCAGUUGGAGCUGCUGUCGGAGCGCUCUCGCGAACAGAUCAUUGCGUCACUUCCAUCCCUGGUACAGUCUCUCCAGUCAUUGCAACAUAGUAGACAGCUGUCUGUCACAAACUCUCAAGCAAGAUCCCGGCGUUGGCUUCGCCCAUCGGUGAAACCAGUCGAUCGAUCUUAUGCGGGACGAUCACGUAUCAACAUCCAUGUAGAGAUCGAAGACGCAACGGAGGAACAUUUUCUUCGCGCUGCCAGAGAGAUUUCCAGUGCCUGUGAUGCGGAAAAUCCCGAUCAGCCAUCGAAGACCCCGUACAAUGAGUUCAACACCCCAUUCUCUGCAGACUGGAUGACCGUGCUCAAAUGGGUGCUGGACCGGCUCGUGUUUUCCAACAUCCCCACCCAUUACCUCGUCACCGAUGGCGGCCAUCUCCCGGAGGAGAGCGUUCGGUUCUUCGAAGUUGACACCCGGUGGAUGAACGCGAUGAUUGACGGAGCCUUGAGUUUGGCCAACUACAUCGAUCAGGAGGAUGACAAGGUUCGAAAGGCCAUCUUCCACGCCAUCAAUCUUUAUCGCACCACUCCAAUCCCCAAGAUCAACACUGAGCCUCCGUUGCCCAUUUAUGGAUGCUAUGUUCGGUCGGCCUUGAUCACCAAGUUUCCUGAUCUGAAGGUUGAAAUCCGACUGGGCGGUAAGCCCAUCGACCAGGACGAGCUCCUCCUCCUGCGCCACGAUAUCGUCAAUGUGGACACGAUGUUCUGCCUGUUCUCCAAACGCCCGUCUGCCACCUCGUGGGAUGAAAUCUGGUUCACACAGCCUCCCCAUCAACAGUCAUUCGUGGCAGGAGCUGCGGUCGAUGCUGACAGAAUCACGAUGCCCUUCCGGAGGGCAUAUACGAAUAACUCCUGGAAAGAUGAUGGAGACCUUGUCAAUGAACCUAUGAAAACUUACUUUUGGAAUCGGGCAGACCAGCUCAUCACGUCCGGCGUGUCUCGUGAGCCCAACGAUCCUGAACCAGGGCCCGGGAUCAUUUAUCACUGGACCGAUCCCGAUGACUCAUCGGUCGAGGUACGCCGACUGUCAAUGGAGUACUAUGCUCAACUAUACCUGCAGACCGCACAAGCCGUGAUGGACAAGAGUCGCUUCGAUGAGAAAUUUGCAACAUCCGCCUUGAUGGCUGUCCAGAUGAACUCGUUCGCGUGGAGGCUCAAGAUCGGCAUCAACGGCCAAGGCUCCCUGGACCUCAUCUUCCACAUCGUCAUGCAGAGUGGCUGGGGAACACUGAAUACAGAAAUCGAGUAUGUCAGGUACACAUUACCGCUCAAAAGCCCCGACGAAGCAGGCGGAGCCGCUCUGAUGAAGUCAUAUAUUGGCCCCGGAGCCUAUAUGCUCUCGAAUGUUCGUUUCAACCCAUUAAUCAGCUUUCUCAAGACUGAUGAUGGGGUCAACACGCACCUGGUCAUUACUUUGACACCCCGUAAAGUCGCCACAAACAACAGGCCUCCAGGUGUGGCGGUGAAAAACUGUCGAGAGCUCAGCUUCGUCUUGACGGGCGUGUAUAUCAACCGCUACACAGAGGACAACCGGCGAGUCUCGUACAAGGAUACGGUGGAGGUGAAAUACCACGAUAGAUCAACCCCAGAGAAACCCGACAUGCCGGAAGAAACUCGACUCAGGCUGGAGAAACCGGACGCCAAAACGAUGAGGGAUACGCGUGCUGCUUUCCUAGAAUCCGCAGUCCUGCCAUAACUCUUCUCCCAGUAUGAUUGGUUGCAUUGGGCUUUUUCUGUUCCUAACCACUAACUACCAUAUUUAAAUUCAUCAUCCCCAAUAUGUAAACGCACCCGGAGUAGAAUAUGUAUUGCUGCUACACUACCGUCUAGCUUAACAACUUAUACCGAUAUCCGCGAUAUCCAUGGUUUAUCG